AUGUAAAAAUUAGAGACUCUGAAUAAUUAUAAUUCUAAGAGCACAACAAAAAAUACCAAGGAACUGGAAACAAUUAAUUUAAGAAAUCUAUCCUAUUUCUAAAGAUAUUGAAU